ACGUCGCCUUGCGACGUCGGUCUCGGAAAUACUUCGGCUUCUUGCAAGUUGCAGAUCGCCCUUGCCCUCCUCCCUCCGUCACUCCCUCAUCUGAACUUGGGGGCCUCUGUCGAUCUUUUUGGCCGGCUAAGGACAACCCCUCCCCGCCCUGACGUGUGAACGCGUCUCCUCCAAGCGGAACGGGCUCCUGUCCUGCUCCAGCGCCGGGUUUGCCGGCUUGAGCGGAGUCGCGGGCUCACCUGCCCACCCUGCCACUGUGGGCCAUGUUGGACGGCCUGAAAAUGGAGGAGACUCUGCGCGACGCUCUCGAGCCGCCUCCGCCGCAGCCGACCUCCCUCUCCUCGGUGCUGGGUGAGUGCCAAGCCCCGGCGCGGGCGCGCUCGGUGUGCGAAGGCUGCGGCGGCAUCAUCGCGGAGCGGUUCCUGCUGCGCCUCAACGAGCGCCUGUGGCACGAGCGCUGCGUGCGCUGCGCCGCCUGCCAGGAUCCCCUGCGAGGCACCUGCUUCUUCCGCGACCAGAAGCUCUACUGCCGCCUCGACUACGAGAAACUCUUUGCAGUGAAGUGCAGCACCUGCUUUGGAGCAAUUGCCCCCAGCGAGUUCGUCAUGCGAGCCCAAAAAAGUGUGUACCACGUGGGCUGCUUCUGCUGUUGCGUCUGCGAGAAGCAGCUUCAGAAGGGGGACGAAUUUGUCCUGAAGGAGGACCAGCUGCUUUGCAAGAGCGACUAUGAGAAGGAGCGCGAACUCCUCAGCCUCGUGAGCCCGACCGCGUCUGAUUCCGGUAAAAGUGACGAUGAAAGGAGCCUGUGCAAAAUGGGAGAUGGCACUGGGAAAACAGCCGAGGAGAGCAAGGACCACAAGCGGCAGAAACGACCCCGGACCAUCUUGACGACCCAGCAGCGCCGGGCAUUCAAGGCAUCGUUUGAAGUGUCUUCUAAACCGUGCAGGAAGGUAAGGGAAACGUUAGCAGCCGAGACGGGUCUGAGCGUCCGAGUUGUUCAGGUCUGGUUCCAGAAUCAAAGAGCUAAGAUGAAGAAAUUAGCAAGACGACAGCAGCAGCAGCAGCAAGAUCUGCAAACAACACAGAGGCUCACUUCUGCUCAGACAAACAGUGGCGGCAACAACACAGGCCUCGAAGGAAUCAUGAACUCUUACAUCACCUUGCAACCACCUCCACAACAAGUAUUGGUCAUUGAUCAAAGUGUUUACAGCUCAGACCCCUUCCGGCAAGGGCUCACUCCACCACAAAUGCCGGGGGACCACAUGCACCCUUAUGGUUCUGAGCACCUUUUGUGUGAGAUGGACAGUGACGACACCUCCCUCAGCAACCUGGGCGACUGUUUCUUAACAACUGUGGAACCUGGGCCCUUGCAGUCCAGAGUGGGAAACCCCAUUGACCACCUGUACUCCAUGCAGAGCUCCUACUUCACAUCUUGAGACAUUUGAGGCUCUGGACAGACGCAGGGCU